AUGAUUUUAAAUGAAGCAAGUGAAGAAAACAGGAAGAUAGACAUUCAGGCUAAAAGAGUUCAAGCUCGUUUAGAUAAUUUACAGAGGAAGUACAAGUUUAUCACAAUACAGAGAUUGAAAGGAAGUUCCCAUGCUGUUCAUGAAAUGAAAAGUUUAAAAUAAGAAAAAGCACCAGUUUCAAAAACUUACAAGGUACCACUUAAUGGGCAAGUUUAUGAACUUUUAACUGACUUCAUGGACUGGAUUUCGGAUCAUCAUCUUAGCAAAGUGAAACAUGAAGAAUCUGGAAUGGAUGGUAAAAAACCACAACUCAAAUUUGCUCAGAGAAAUGAUAUUCAGGAGAAGUGUGUAAAGCUUUUGCCUCUGAUGACAGAGCAGCUACAGUGGAUGCCAUUUGUGAAUAUCAAACUUCACGAGCCUUUUGUAAAAUGUAUAUAUUGGUCCCUAAGGCAGCUAGAUGCUGGAGCACAGCACUCGACUGUGACAUCAACAUUGAGGAGAUUGGGUGAAGACAUUUUUCAAGGAGUGGUAACUAAAGGAAUUCAGGAUAGUUCACAGCAUUCUGUGGAGAGUAAACCAAAGACAGCUGCUUUCUUUAAGAGCUCCAAUUUGCCAUUGAGAUUUUUAUCAACCUUAAUUGUUCUCAAAAUAGUCACUCACGCUGAUUACCUGGCUCAGGCAUUUGAUUCUCUUUGUUUGGACUUGAAGACAGAAGAAGGAAAAACCUUGUUUUUGGAAUAUCAAGCUGUUCCAGUAAUAUUAAGUCAUCUAAGAAUAUCCAGUAAAGGACUCCUGUCUAAUAUUAUUGAUAGUUUGCUCCAGAUGACGGUGGAAUCUAAAUCCUUGCAGCCUUUCCUGGAAGCCUGUAGCAACUCUUCAUUUUUUCGUACUUGCUCUGUGCUGCUUCGAGCCCCUAAGCUUGAUCUCCAAAUACUAGAAAAAUUCAGUAUUAUUUUACAGAAACUUUCCAAAAUCAAGAGUAAUAAGAAGCUCUUUGAACUUUUUAUGAUUCAUCUGAUGCUUCAAGAAAUACAAAGGACAACUAACUCAGAGCAUGCAUUUCUCUGUAUUAAUCAAAAUUCAACUCUGUUCAAUUUGGGUUUAACAAAAUGUAACUCCCUGGUCUCCAGUGCAAGCCAUUAGACUGGCUAAUUUUUUAAUAUAGUAUAUGUGGUGCUUAUUUAUAAACAUGUAGAAAUUACCAAAGUAAUUACAAUUCUACCAAGUAAAGUUAUCAGUAGCAUCAUUUAUCAUGAAAAAUAAAUAAUUUUUUUGAACUGUAAAAAUGAAAUCUGUAGAAGGUAUUGGAACUUCUGGAAUGUUUCAGUUCAGGUAAGGUAGUACUAAUGUACAAGAUGGCAUUUCUAGAAUGUAUGACACUGAAGUUACUUUUUGUAAAAAUAUAUUAGGAACAUUAUUUCUUAAAAUUAUGUGAUUAUGGGGCCGGGCGCGGUGGCUCACGCUUGUAAUCCCAGCACUUUGGGAGGCCGAGGCGGGUGGAUCACGAGGUCAGGAGAUCGAGACCACGGUGAAACCCCGUCUCUACUAAAAAUACAAAAAAAAUUAGCCGGGCGUGGUGGCAGGCGCCUAUAGUCCCAGCUACUCGGAGAGGCUGAGGCAGGAGAAUGGCGUGAACCCGGGAGGCGGAGCUUGCAGUGAGCCGAGAUUGCGCCACUGCACUCCAGCCUGGGUGCCCGGGUGACACAGCGAGACUCUGUCUCAAAAAAAAAAAAAAUUAUGUGAUUAUUUGGAAUAAAAUUGGUGCUUAUGUGAGAACAGGGUUAAAUAAUACUGUCUUUCUAUUAAUAUAUUAGAAUCCUUGCUUUUAAAGGCAAAAAUAUAUAUCUUUAUCAUCUUGAUACCAUAACUUUUCUAUAUACUGUAUCCUAGAUUAACAGAUGUUCAUUUUUUUUUUAAUUGUGCUCUUUGUGGGAUAGAAAAAGUUUUUUAUUGUUCUGUUCACAGGCUUAAAAACUUUUUUUUUUUCAAAAUAAUUAUUACUGGAGCAUGUAUAUACAAGGCAAGACAUUUUUUAAACAUUGAAAGGUAAACAAAAAUAAUAGUCCUAUUACCAGAAAUAUCUCUUGGUAUAACCAAAGAUGAGUAAAGUGGCCAGAGGUCUGGGUGAAGUAAAAGUGGUAAAACUUGGGACUUAGGACAGGAUACUGAGAAACAUUGUUUUAAAGAGUCAUAAAAUCAUAUAUGAUCAGUGUAUAAUCUCAGUUUCAGGAGUUAGAAGAAAUUUUCGAGAAACUAUUGGGCCUCUUCAAAAAAAAUACCAGAAGAUGUGCCAUUUUUGAAGUAGAAACAGAAAGCCAUAAUGAAAGAACAGGCCGAGGUGAGAAUGGUGGAACCACAGAAACUUAAAAAUGCAGAAGGCCAGGCACGGUGGCUUACGCCUGUAAUCCCAGCACUCUAGGAGGCUGAGGUGGGCGGACCACCUAAGGUCAGGAGUUCAAGACUAGCCUUGCCAACAUGGUGAAACCCCGUCUCUACAAAAAAAUACAGAAUUAGCCAGGCAGUGGUGGGCACCUGUGAUCCUAGUUACUCGGGAGGCUGAGACAGGAGAAUCACUUGAACCUGGGAGGCAGAGGUUCCAGUGAGCCGAGAUCACGCCUUUGCACUCCAGCCUGGGCAACAAAGUGAGAUUCUGUCUCAAAAGAAUAAAAAUAACUAAGUAAAAUAAAAAUGCAGAAGCCAAAGUGCACAUUAGAAACAAAAAAUAACUUCAUAAAAUAGGAUUAGCAUGACAAGAACAAACAAAAAGUUCUCUCAGAACUCAGAGUACAUAGAGAUGGUACUCAUGAGAGUGGAUAGCAGAUACUAGGACAGAGCCUGGCACUUCUGCAUAGCAGUAUUUGGUAUCUCUGAAGAAAAGAACAGAACAAGUGGAGCGGAAGCAAUAUUCAGAAAUAUAGUUGAAUAAAGGUUCUGGUGGCCAGAGAAAGAGCUGCAUGUACAAAUUGAAAGGGCUUAUCAUGUUCCAGAAAAACCUAUGAGAAGAGGGUUCUAUAAUUAGAUGCAUCCUGGCCAAAUGGUAAGUUAUAAGGAUAAAAGCACAAACAAAAGCCAGUUACUUACAAAAAAGGAAAAACCAGGCUAGCCUUAUAGAAUGCUGGAAGGUAAUAAGGAGCUCUAGAGGAGAAGAUUUUUAAUCCAAGAAUUUAUCCCUAGUGAAGAUGCCUUUCAUAAGUGAAGGCAAUGGAAAGACAGCUUCAGACAUUCAAGCGUUGAGAAAUUAUACCACUUAUGUACUAUUCUGGAGAAAGAAACGACUUAAAGAUUAAUCAACUUAGAGAUGAAAGAAAACAGUUUAUUAAAUCAACCUCAUAUCAAAAGCACUGAACACUGAAACAACUUAAACAUUAAUAAUUGUAACUGUUUAUAAGAUGGAGUGAGAUGUUAAAUUCCUCAAAAGGAUAAAUAAUGGCAAAAGCACCCCCCUCAUCAUCAUGAUGUGUACAGUUGACUGUAUUUCUCACCCUGUCUUCUCACAAGUCUUUCAGGGUCAAGUGAUUUCAGGCCAAGAAACGAAAGCAAAAUUGUCUCAUUCCCCAGUGCAUUCAGAUGAAAACUGAUAAUAAAAUCAGGUACAGUUCCAAGAGGAGACACUGGAGAGGAACCACGCUGGGUCUAUAAGGAAUUGCAAAUGAGAUGGCAAACAUAUUUAUGCUGUAUCAAGGUCACUGUCAUCUUACCAUAUCAGACUGAAAAUGUCACCACCAUCUGGACAGUCAGAUAUGUUUUAUUGGGAAAAUGGUUUUUCUCUUUGUGUAUGUGCUCUGCACUAGUAGGGUGGUUUAGUAACAAGUAUGUGAGACCUUUUAUUUGAAAAAAAAGUUUUUAAAUAAUGGGAAAAGCAAUAUGUUAGUAGUAAGUAUCUGGGUAACAAAAACUAAGAAUUGAUAGGGCCUUGAGAUUGAGGUAGAGAUGAAAGAGAAGCUGUUAACUACAAUAUUCUACAUUAUCAUCAGAAAGAGUUGAAGUGUUAAUUUCACUGUUAAAAAAAUGUAAGAUAAAGAAUCCUUUUGGAAAAUAUCAAGGAAACUAUUAAAAAUAGCAUAAAUAUUCUCAAAACACUGAAAAAGAAAAAUGAAAUAUGUAGAUGUAGCAAAAAUAGAAUGACAGGAAUGUGAACAAAAAUAGGAUAAAGAAGUUUUAAAAAUUGUAAGUUCUUUAUGGUCAUGUGCUAAUAAAUUUGAAAAUCUGAAUGAAAUGGACUAUUCUCUAGGAAAAGAUCAAAGUUGGCUUAAGAAAUCUGCACUAGCAAACCAUUGCAGUCAUUUAUUAAUUAUUUAUUUAUUUAUUUAUUUAUUUAUUUAAUUUUUUGUAGAGACAGGGUUUUGCCAUGUUGCCUGGACUGGUCUUGAACUCCUGAGCUCGAGCAGUCUGCCUGCCUCAGCCUUCCAGAAUGCUGGGAUUACAAGCAUGAACCAGUGUGCCUAGCCUAUAGUCUUUUAUAAAAUUAUCAAAGAAUUCUUUUUUAAAAUGGACUGCACUCCAGUCUGGGCAACAGAGUGAGACCCCAUCUCAAAAAAAAAAAAAAAAAUAGAUUACUGAUCACAGAUCACCAUGACCAAUAUAAUAACAAUAGUAACAGAAAAGUUUGAAAAAUGCAAAUUACUAAAAUGUGAGCUCAUGCUUUUGGAAAAAAUGGUUCCAAUAGACUCACUAGAUGCAGGGUUGCCACAAAUCUUCAAUUUGUAAAAAACGCAGUAUCUGUGAACCACAGUAAAGGUGAAGUGCAACAAAAUUAGGUAUGCCUGUAUGGAAACGCAGAGCUCACACCCUUCUGAUGAACAGACAGAAGUGUCAGAUCCUUUUCUAUGCUAGCAAAGGAUUUUAAGGGUUUGGAAUUCUCUAAAAGUGUAAAGCUCUUAGGAGGGCAUUACUGGGCAAAGCAGUGCUUUAUCUCAUUCUCUUGUUUGCCUGUUCAAACUUCCCACCCAUUGUAGACCCACUUGCUGUGUUAUUGCAGGUUAAGCCCCCGAGAGCCUUUUCUCUCACCUGUUCACUUCCCAUCCCCUUUCCUUUUCAGGUCAUCCUCCAUGCCCUUCUGAUGUCCACAUGUCUCUUCAUUUUCUUCUCAGGCCUCCUCUUUCUCUCUUGCCAUCUAAGUUAUUGAAAUUCUUGAAAUCCUAAGCUGGCCUGGCACUGAGAGGUACUCUGUAAGGGAGCUGAAACUUCCAGCCUUCCUUCCUAUUCAUAAACCCACCUUUGCCCGCCCUCAAUGCUGGACUUUGGUUUUUCAUGUUGCUUUUGCAGAACUUUAAAACAUUUGAAUCUUUCCCUCAUGAGUUUUUGUCCUGAGGGGCCAGUGCAGUUUGCUUGGCCCUUUGUUUCCCUCUCAUAUAACUUUUCCCUGCCAAUAGGGCAUUUAGGCUGAGAGAAAAAGUUAUUGAGCAUGUGCAUCCAAAUUUGAGAUGAUUGUUAUUUCAUUACCUGAUGACUCUAACUUCUUUGAUACUGUGUUUGUCUUAUGAAUAUAACGGCUUUCUCACUUUAAUGAAAAGUUAUGCAAUAAAAUUGAAAAGUAAGUACUAUAUCUGUAAAAAUUAAUUCCUUUUUAAAUAUAAAGAAUUAAUGGAACCAGGCUUUUUAUUUUUUAUUUUAUUUUUUAUUUGUGGAAAUCUAUGAGAUACAUGAGAAAUUUUGUUACAUGUGUAUAAUGUGUGGUGAUCAAGUCAGGGUAUUUGGGGUGUCCACCGGAGUACAAUACAUGUUUAAGUAUAGUCACCCCAGUCAGCUGUUGAACAUUGAUUUUUUCCUUCUAACUUACUGUAUGUUUGUACACUUUAACCCAGUUCUCCUUGUCCUCUUCCUCCCACCACUCAUGAUUCCCAGUCUCUGGUAUCUGUCUUUCCCUCUCUACCUCUAUGUGAUCAAAUUUUUUAGCUUCCACAUAUAAGUGGAAACAUGUGACAUUUGUCUUUUUUGCUUGGCUGUUUUCACUUAAAAUAAUGACCUCUGGUUUUAUCCAUGUUGCUGCAAAUGACAUGACUUCAUUCUUUUUGUGGCUGAAUAGUAUUUCAUUGUGUAUAUGUACCACAUUUCCUUUAUCCAUUCGUCCACUGAUGGGCACUUAGGUUGAUUCCAUAUCUUUGCUAUUGUGAAUAGUGCUGCAAUAAACAUGAGGGUGAUAUAUAUCAA